UGUUCCUCCCAAGGCUGACCUGCAGACUCUCUCAUAUCACACGCCCAAGGGCUUUAUAUCAAUUACUAUAUUCCUGUCUUCUUUCGACACCGCAUCCUAUCAUGACGACAGCAGACUCACCGAGCGUGCCGCCGCCGCUGAAACGCCAAAAGCGCGAAGAAUACCGCAAGGCACAUUUGGAAGCCGCAAAUGAAGUCCUAGGGGGCGAAGUACAGGGAGAUAAGGAGAUCAAAAUGCCCAAGAAAAAGUUCUACCGGCAGCGGGCGCAUGCGAAUCCCUUUUCGGAUCAUCGGUUGGAUUAUCCCAUCAGCCCAGCUCAUAUGGAUUGGGCGUCUCAUUUCCCUGCAUACGUGGACAAGGAUCCGACCAAGACGAAUCUAAGCGGCGCCAAGAAACUCGUCAAGGAUGUUGAGGUCGUGGAUAUCGGAUGCGGCUUCGGAGGUUUACUUAUUGGGCUUGCGGGCAUUCUGCCUAAUGCAUUGAUGGUCGGCAUUGAAAUCCGACCUCAAGUCCUGGAAUAUGUGACAUCACGCAUCAGGGCACUACGAUCCCAACAAGAGAAAUUGAAGGCUGCGUGCACAAAUACACACACUCCUACGCCCUCGCAGUCCGAACCCAUCGAGGAUCCAAAAGAACACACCACGGCGAACGAUAAUAACAGUGACAUGAACCAGUCUGACAUGUCGCCGGUAGAAGGUGGCUACCAGAAUAUCUCCGCUCUAAGAAGCAAUACCAUGAAAUUUCUCCCUAACUUCUUCGCCCGCCAUCAACUUUCCAAGAUCUUCAUCUGCUUCCCAGACCCGCACUUCAAGGCUCGCAAGCAUAAAGCUCGCAUUAUCUCAGAAACAUUGAAUGCAGAAUAUGCAUACGUCCUCAGGCCCGGGGGCCUGUUGUAUACAAUUACUGACGUGGAGGAGUACCAUCAUUGGGUUCUGAAGCAUUUCAAACAGGCCUCUACUUCCGAGGAUGGGGAAGAUAAUGACGGUGCUUCUGACACUGCUACCACGGGCGAGGCUGGUGGAACCGAGACAGAUAAUAACGAAGGCCAGCAAACCGGGAUCGGAGAACUCUGGGAACGUGUGACCGAAGAGGAGCUAGAAAAGGAUCCAUGUGUGAAAGUUAUGAUGGAGGGCACAGAAGAAGGAAAGAAGGUCACCAGGAACAAGGGGAAUAAGUAUGUCGCUGUUUUCAGGCGGAAGGCUGACCCGGAGUGGCCUUGAAAGGAGAAGUAGAGAGACAGAACAGUGAAAUG